UGUUUCUGGUGAAAGUGCUGAAUUAAAGGAAACAAAUAAAAUUAUUGUGAAAUGUAAAAAAAUAAUAAAUAUAAAUAAAAAAAAUUUCUCAAUAACAAAUAUCUCAAGAUUUUCCUAAAAAUAAAAUAAAUAAAUAUUAAUUUAACAAAGUAGUAUAAAAAGGAUAAAAAGGUGUAAAAAAAAAAUAUAGAAAAACUGACCGUGUAAUUUAAUAAUUAAAUUACCGUAAACUGGAAAUUAACUGUCGUACAUCAAUAAAACAACUGCAGCAACAUGAUAUUCCUGAUGACAGUUAUCAAAGUGCUGCUUAUAGCACUAAAUAUAUUCCCCAGUCGCUUUACAAAUCGGAAGGUGAUGUUUUUGAUUUAUCUAACAAAUUUGGUAACGCAUGUUAUGAUGAACGAGCCACGUUUUGCUCAACCAAUACCUAAUGUUACUGUGGCUGUUGGACGUGAUGCUAAUUUACCAUGCGUCGUUGAACAUUUGGGUGGUUAUAAGGUUGCCUGGAUACAUAUUGAUAGACAAAUGAUUUUGACAAUACAUCGACAUGUCAUCUCAAGAAUACCACGUUACAGCAUCACUUACGACAAUGCAAACACUUGGCUGUUGCAUGUGAAUCAGGCACAUCAGGACGAUCGUGGCUACUACAUGUGUCAAGUGAACACGAAUCCCAUGAUAAGUCAAGUGGGUUAUUUACAAGUAGUUGUGCCUCCCAAUAUAUUGGACAUUGAGAGUACCCCCUCUUCGGUGGCUGUUAGGGAAAAUCAAAAUAUUAAUAUGACCUGCAGGGCGGAUGGUUUUCCAGCACCCAAAAUCAUUUGGCGCAGAGAAGAUGGUGAAGAAAUUGCUGUCGAAAAGAAAAAGAAAGUGUUGGUGUAUGAUGGUGAAGUGUUGCCAUUGACCAAAGUUAGCCGGAAUGAGAUGGGUGCCUAUCUGUGUAUUGCCACCAAUGGAGUACCACCUUCUGUAUCAAAGCGUAUAAUACUUGAUGUUGAGUUUUCUCCCAUGAUUUGGGUGCCAAAUCAACUAGUUGGAGCACCGGCUGGCACUGAUGUAACCAUCGAUUGUCAUACAGAAGCCCAUCCCAAAGCUAUAAUAUAUUGGGUUUAUAACUCAGUUAUGGUAUUGCCUAGUAAAAAAUACAAAACGGAUUAUACUGAAAAUUCCUACAGGGCUCAUAUGAAAUUGACUAUUAGAAAUUUACAAUAUGGCGACUUUGGCAACUAUAGAUGUAUUUCGAAAAAUUCUCUAGGCGAGACGGAGGGUUCAAUACGUGUAUAUGAAAUACCUUUGCCCUCAACGCCUUCAAAACAGGUCACUCAUUCGACUAUUGAUACAAGAGAAAAUAACAUAAUACCCAUACGCAAUGAUUCGAGUAGAUCCCUACAAACCGAUGUACACUUAAUGAAAAAUGACCUACUGGGUAGUGGUACCUCAUCGUCGGCGUCCUCCUCGUCGUCAUCUUCAUUGUCGUCAUCACACAGUGCAACAUCAUCAAUAGCAUCGAUAUCGGGCAAUAGUAUAACAGGUUUUAGUUCAUCGGGCAAUGCUAUAGAACGUAAAGGUUCUCUGGCGAUAGGGAAGAGUAUGUUUUAUACCGAACAUCCUCCUAAUCAAUUGGCCGAUUUUGCAGCUGUAACUUCUAAACCAACGAAUGCUUUAAUCUUAUGUGCUCAUUUAUUAGUAUUUCUACUUUUAAGAUGUCGAGCGUAAAAUCUAUUAUUUAGUUACUGUAAUUUAAUUUAGUGUAAAAAGCCAAACUAUUGUUAAGAUUAGGGUUAUUAUGGUUAAGGUUUAAAUUGCACACACAAACAAAAAAAAAAAAUGGCAAAAUCGACAAAAAAUAUGUAAAAAAUAAUAAUUAGACAUAAACUUACCCAUAGAAUGAUGAUGACUAAUAUUUAUUAUAUAUACAAGAAAACACUUACUUGAAGGACACCUACAAAUAGAUGAGAGAAAAGAAAAAUGUUAAAAUUAAAUUUAUUAUAUUUAGUAUAAAUUGACAAUGAAUUAUUAACAAAACAAAGAAGUAUUAAAAAAUACAUUUCAUUUAUUUAAUGUUGAAAAAGACAAUAAAUACAUAUCACCCAAAAAUAAAUUAUAAUUUAACAAACCAAACCUCAUAAUACUUUCCCUCCCCCAUUUAGAGUCAUACUUAUAGUUUUAUAGUUUCUAUCGCAUAU